AUGAGUCUCUUCAAUGAUAAGCCAGAAGACACAGGUCCUAUUGUGGCCCCAAGGAAGCUGCUUCUUUGGCCAUCAGAUUGGCAGGAUUGGUACUGGGAACUGCGCGAGCAUUGUAGGGCAAGGAAGCUUUGGGAUGAUAUAAACCCUAAUCUACCGGAGCAGGAGACUGAUAGUUUCCCUGAGCCCCAGCGCCCUACGGCUGACGAAGCCAGAGCUCUCUUUAACAAGUAUAGGCAUGAUAUUAAGAAUUGGACGAUCACUGAGGCCUCCAAGAUAUUGGAUAUGGACUACGAUCAUGACCGUGCCGACUGGAUACGCAAAGAGGAUCACGUAAUCGCUAUACGUGGCUGGUUCUCUGUUUCGAUCGAACGAAACCUAUAUAUGGCAACCUGUAUUGAGCUGGAAAGAAAGAACCCUAAUUACACUAUCAGGCAGCUAGUCAAGGCGCUAAAGGCGCAGCUCGCUCCAGCUCAAUCGAGCGUACAAGAGAAGGCUUUUUAG